GAGAGAAGAAGAAGAAGGGAGAAGAGAGAGAAAGAAAGAAUAAGAAGAAGAAAAAAGAAGGAUGAGGAGGGAGGAGGAAAGGAGGAAGAAGAUGAAGUUUGAGGUAGAACCCAGAUCUGGUUUGUAGAGGUAAAGGAAAAGGAGAGACAAAGUGAAAGAGGAAGAAGAAAUGACGUGAUGAAAAAAAAUUAUUAUUUUAAAAUUAAAUAAAAAUGCCAACUAAUGCCAACUCAUAGCUUAAUUAUGAUUUUUUUUCCAUGUCAUUAGUUAAGCAAAAAAUGAAUUGAUUUGCUGGCAAGAUAACGUGAAACUUGUCAUUUAACUGAAACUUGUAAUUUAACUUACGGAAGGACUAUUUUGUAAAAAGACAAAAUAAAGAGCCUAUACACCGAAUCAGGGCUGAAGGGGCCGGUUAAACGCUGGACAGAUCAUGGCAUCCUCCAAGUUGAAGCUAUUUCCAAGCCCACUUCCUCCGGCGGCAGGAGAAAGAGGUUUACCCAUCAGGCAGCCAACGGCGACGGCUAGAAAGAGAGCCUUUUUAUCUUUUCAGGUUUGCAACCCAUAAUCUCUCCAUUAAAAUCCCUUUUGUUUUGUCUCAAUAGCCACCAAGAUAUGAACUGGGAAGACAAAAAUGUAAAUUAAGAUGAGAUUUUUCUGAAAUUUCCCUUCGGCUGAAGCGUUGUUCUCUUAUUCCCAAGUUUUUUAAUUUUUGUUCCUUUUUUGCUUAUUAGAUUGUGGAAAGAAGAAGUCUUUGGUCAUGAUAAUUGUUAAGUUUUUGUUAGAGUUCAUAAAUGCAUUGUUAUAUUUGGCUACUGCUUUAUUAAUUAGUAAAACCCCUCAUGAAUUUUUAGAUUAUAUAAAGAUAUGGAAAUGCCAACAAUUAUAUUGUAUGUGCCCAUUUUCGGUCUUGGUCUUGUUAAUCAUCACAGCUACAAUGAAAAGUUAAUAACUUUCUGUGCUCCAUAGCUUUUCUUUGAUUGAAUGGAAGUAAAUGUUCUAUGGUCUGUCUUUUCUCAGUAUUUGAAAUUUCAAAGGAACUUGAUUCUUUACCCUUUACUCUCUUUACCAGUUAAAUGGGGAAUAAUUAUAUUAUGGCUACAUUCCCUCAGACUAUAUCUGGUUAUCCUAAGAUCAAAGCGUUUGGGGAAGUUUAUGUGUUGUUCCUUAUCAUGUGUCAAGUAAUAAAAUAGUGGCUUAGUAUAUGUUAGCAUUGUAAUUAGUCCUACUAGUUUAAGAAUCUCUCCAUCUCUCCAUCUUUUAUAGCAUUGCCCAUUGCAACUGGACGUUUUCUGUCCCAUGUGAAAUUGAACUAAUGUGGUUUUGAAAAGUUAUUUGAUUACAUAUCAUGUCUUUGGAGCUUUACAAUAUGAGUUAAGUUGCCAGCUAUAUAUUAUAGAACAUGCAAUUAAUUAGGGUCUCUGAUCAUGACAAGGCUGAUGGUUCUGUACUUUUGGUACCGAGCAGAUGAUACACGUUACUCCAAAUCUGCAUCUCAUAUUGAAGGCCAUAUGAUAUAAUAAUUCAAUGUUUUCAUU